AGCAUUGAGCCCGGUAAGACAUGGCAGCGUUUGAAGAGUUGGGUAUAAUGGCGGAGAUAUGUGCUGGGCUGGAAGAGAUGGACUGGUUACUUCCUACUGACGUGCAGCAGGAAGCUGUACCCCUCAUUUUAGGAGGUGGAGACGUAUUGAUGGCGGCUGAAACCGGAAGUGGUAAAACAGGAGCUUUCUCACUUCCUGUUAUCCAGGCUGUGUGGGAGACUAAAAACGGAGUGUCCACAACGAAGAAAGAGGCGUCUAAAGAGUUUAAAAUGUCUGAAACAGACCGGGACGCAGCGUUUACAGUCUCCGGGCUAGCGGUGCGCAACGCUGAUCAAUACCGCUGGCAAGGGGGGAGGUCAGAUAAGGGCGUGGUCGGUGGGAAGCAUUACUACGAGGCUACUAUCACUGAUAACGGACUGUGCAGGAUUGGGUUCGCUACUGCUGAUGCUUAUCAAGAACUGGGAAAAGACGAGUAUGGAUUUGGUUUUGGGGGAACAGGUAAAAAGUCUAACAGCAGCAGAUUUGACUCGUACGGAACAGCAUUUGGUAAGGGUGACGUCAUGGGCUGUUUUAUUGAUCUGACAGAAAAAACCAUCUCGUAUUCCAAAAACGGACGAUAUUUUGACGUUGCAUUUGAUAUUCCCGGGAAAUUGAGCGGAGAAGCGUUCUACGUUGCCUGCACCCUCAAAAACUCUUCCCUCACCUUCAACUUUGGAGAGACACCCUUCAAACAUGCCCCUGGUUUUGAUUACCAGCCAAUCAGUAAAGCGGACCCGAGUCAGCUGGUAGCUGGUGCUGUUAAGGAGGGUAAGAAGCGUUCAGGUCCUAUGGCGGUUAUUCUGGAACCUUCCAGAGAAUUGGCAGAACAAACUCAUACUCAGAUCUGUAUGUUUAAGAAGUAUCUGCCCGCACCAGGGUUGAAAAGUGCUGUCUUCAUUGGUGGAGUUUCGGUAAAGGAACAGAUCUCACAACUAAACCACGGACUGGAUAUUGUCACUGGGACACCAGGUCGUAUCCAGGACCUGAUCGACACGGGUAACCUCAAGUUAGAAAACAUCAGGUUCUUCAUACUGGACGAGGCAGACGGUCUCCUUCAGCAGGACCACAAAGCUCUGAUCCUGAAAAUGUACGAUACCUUCGACAAACUGAUCGACGGAAAACGACUACAGAUGAUAGUUUGCUCGGCAACGCUCCACAACUUUGACGUAAAGAAGUUAGCACAAGAAAUCAUGCACUUCCCUAACUGGGUGGAUCUGAAGGGACAGGACGUAGUUCCGGAGACAGUGCACCAUGUCAAGUGUUAUGUGAACCCUGAGUUGGACAGGUCCUGGCAAACAGACAAGGGACUCAAGGUUAAAACUGAUGGGGUUCACCAACAGGACGAUCUCUCUCAAAAAGAUUUGGGGUUGUCCGAAGCGACCAAGAUACUUAAAGCAAAAUACUUUAUUGCGGCAGUAGAAAAGUUGAAAAUGCACAAUGAACAGUGCAUCGUGUUUUGUAGAACUAAACUUGAUUGUGACAAUCUGGAAAGAUUCCUCAACAAAUUAGACAGUAUUAAAUAUUCGUGUACUUGUUUACAUGGAGAUCGUCGUCCAAAUGAACGAAAAGCUAACCUACAAACGUUUAAAGACGGUAAAUGCAAGUUUCUGAUAUGUACAGAUGUUGCAGCUAGGGGUAUAGAUGUGAAGGGGAUCCCUUUUGUUAUCAACUACACUCUGCCAGAUGAAACUCUUAACUUUAUUCACAGAACUGGUCGUGUAGGUCGGGCUGACAGAAUGGGACUAGCGAUUUCAUUUAGUUCUACUGUCAAAGAGAAGGUGUGGUACCAUAGUAACUGUAACAACAGAGGUAAAGGAUGUUUCAACACUAACCUUAUUGAUAGAGGAGGCUGCUGUAUAUGGUAUGACGAACCUAAAGCUUUAAGAGAUUUAGAAGAGUACAUAGAUGACAGUUUACCGAUUAUAGAAAAGACGUUUGAAAUUCCCAUCAACGAAUUUGACGGUAAAGUGACUUACGGAGCUCGGAGGAAGACUGGUGGUGGUAACAUGUACCAAGGACAUGCUGCUGAGAUCAGCCAGAGUGUCAAGGAGCUAUACGAACUGGAGAAAAGAUCUCAGAACUCCUUUAUUGCUCUCAGAUUUAGCACUCCUGUCAGAUCCUGAGACCACGGUAUUGAUUUAGGUGCAGGAAUUUAAUGUUUUUCAUUUUAAUUAGUUUUCAAUUAACUCUAGUUAACAAUGCAUUGCAUCUGUAGUGUAGUUAGAAUCGGAUAGGAUUCCUUGCCACGCUAUUGUUAUGGUGUUGUUGUUUUUGUUGGGGACCAAAAGAUCUCUCAUCUAAGCUUGCGCUAGCUAGACUGAUUAGUUUUUUUGGAAUAGUAAUUGGUUUUCAAUACUGCAGUGACUUGUUUUAGGUUUUAGAAUUUUGUUUGUUAUAUUUGUUUUUGAAGUGACCAUUUAAUUGA